AUAACAGUUCUCCUCUGACCAUGAAGCUCUUUUUCCGCACGCCUGCUUUUGUUGCAUGGAAGCCAGACAACAGACAACAGACAACAGAGCAAAUCCAUGGGGACGGCAAGCAUCGUGGAACCGGCUACAUGUACCACCAUCCAGGAAAGCAAUGGAGUAAUUAUUCACUAAAAGGAGCUAGGAAGGACCACAAGUAAAGGGAAUUCGAACGAGCAGAUCCUCUGUACUGAAAGAGAUUCGAUGCUGUAAUCAUGCCUUACGUCGAAGAGCUUUCUCCUGAAAACCUGGCGGUUGUCCAGGAAUUCUUCGAUGCCAUGAAGGGUGAGGUUUGUCCGUCGGUGCAGCAAGUAAGCAACUGGCUAGAGCGGUUUCCAGGUCUGGCAAGCGAAAUAGAUCGCGAGACAUUGCACUACUACGACGACGAGGACGACGAACCUGAUUUCUAUAGAAGUCCUGUUCCUCUCCAUGCUAUCAUCAAGAAGUUUGCCACCAGCGUCCCCCUGGCGAUAAUCAAGAAGCUGGUUGAGGCCUGGCCUGAAGCAGUUGCCCAUAAGGAUGAAUACGCAGAUACACCUCUUCACUUGGCUUGCUGGCACAACGCACCGUUGGCCAUUGUUCAGUAUCUUGCCGAACUGAAUCCAAAGGCAAUCUCCAAAGCAAGGGGACUCUACACUCCCGUUCAUUGUUUACUCAAGCGACGCGGAAGGUUGGACGUGCUGGAAUAUCUUUGCAAAACAUGGACUGAUGAGGCAUUUUGCUCCCUCUACAGAAACCGUUCCAAAGAGAAUAUCUUGCGGACAGUUUUGGAGUGGGAUAUCUCCAUAUUUGAGGGCGACAGUACGCCGCCAGUUCAAUACCUCCAGACUUUAGUGCGGUGUAACCCCGACCUCUUGACUGUUUUAGAUAUGGACGGUAGCACCGGUGAUCCUUCUUCGCACCUACAGAAGGUUGUGUGGUUUUUGCCGAAAGAGGACAACGACGGAAAGUGGAUCCGAAUCCUUCGUUGGCUACUAACCGUGGAACCGGAUGCAAUCCGUCGACCCGCCCAUAAUCCUGGAAUGACUCACGAAGAUGGGCAGCCUGUUGACGGAGAUCUACCCCUUUAUACUUUCAUGCGCCGGAUAUCUACGAGAGGCUUGUCAGACUUUUAUUUGGAAGUGUUACAAAUCUUGGUUGAUGCCUGGCCCGAGGCGAGGACGAGGAAGUCUCCCUCUGGCUAUCUCCCUUUGGAUUGCGCUACCAAGAUUCCACGGGAGACUAUUCUCCCAGUUCUGGUGGAGAAUCCACAGGAGGCCAUGCAAUACUACUUCAAACACGGUGGGCGCAAAAUUGAAACAGUGGACUGGCUUUUACAUCGGAAUCUAGGAGCCCUUGCAGAAUCCGAUGGGGAUGGAAACCUUCCUCUCCAUUGCGCCGUCCUAUCCGCCGGUACACCACGAAUCGUCUUGAACUUGAUGCAGGCAUUUCCUCUCGCCGUGUGUAUGCGCAAUCGACGCGGCAAGUUGCCUCUCCACAUUGCUGCACAGCACUCCAGGGAUCCUCAGGUGGUAGAAUUACUUGCGCGUGUCGCCCCUCUACUCAUCGGAGAGAAGGACGGGGAAGGGUGGCUCCCAUUUCAGUUGGCGGCUCAAAAUUGUUCUAGAGCCACCUCAGUCGGGUUUCGACGCGUUGCUUUUUUGUGUCCUGGCCUGGAGAUGACGUACCACUUGCUGAGAAAGUCACCGGACACCCUACAAAGUCAAGGGGACGAUGAUGAGUGAGGGAUGUGGUUCUCGGUGUGGAAAUAUGCUAGGAGGGAACUUUUCGGUUUAAGUAGUGCUUGCUGCUCAGUACCGUAUGGUACUCAGUACGGUACGGUAUGCAUAGUCGCCUUGGCGAAAAUGCCGCGGGCAGCAAGAGGUGAGGUACAUGUAUCAGGGUCUUUUCGGGACGCUCAUGGGAUGGCUCCCCUGAUAGCGGACUGUACGAGUUGGAACCAAAAACCUUUAAUAAUCUAAUCUUAUCUCUAAUAACGAGACUGUGAUUCAACUCCCGUGGCAACACGGUCGUCCCGAGCGCCGGAGACAGCCAGGGAGCCCUUGCCGGUACUAUUCGGUGCGCACCCAGUAUCGUUGCGUGGUCGAUGUUUGUUGGUCCCACAGGCUUUGUAGCGGAAGACUCAUCCGUGUGCCGAGCGACACCAAGAGUGCUCCAGCUAGCUAGUGCCAUGGUAGUCGUACUGUACCAGUAAAGUUCCUUGUUCUGCCAAACCCAACGUUAAAACGGAUGUUUUUCGUGUUCUGCUUCUAAUUGGUGCGGCCAAAACCUCCACUUUACUCUAGCUAUCAUAGUACGACUGUAUUGCUUUCACUCGAGCUGAUGCUUUUGUGACACUUCCGAGAAAUGUGCUCAACCUGAUGACUUUAUGUCCGUCUAAUUGUUACAGCACUUGUUGCCUUAUAGUGAUCGACCGUUGGUGCAGCUUGAAUCGUGGGCCUUUCAUGUGUGGUGU